UUUUGGCUCAAGUUGCAGGGCAAUCCGCGAUUUGAGUGGGCAGCCCAGUUCGGAGCCAUCCCAGGUGUCGUGCCUGGGCGGACACUCUCCCAGAUCCCGUCUCUGUCGCCCCCAGUUUCCUGACACUCUCCCAGUUCCCGCCAUGUCGUCGGUCGAGGAAGGCAUCAAGCAGAUCCUACAGCAGCUCGGGGGUGUCAACCAGCGUCUGGCCACUGUCGAGUCCUCGAUGUCCGCGCUCGACUCCCUCAGAGAAAGCAUCACGUCGCACGACAGGAACAGGGCCGCACUCACGCAGAGGAUCAACACGAUUGAGUCUCGCAUCGCCACUUCCUCGGACGCUGCCGCCGUCGCCGCGCUGCGCAUCCAGAUGGAGCAACGCAUGGCUGCGAUCGAGUCCUCUCGGUCUUCGCGUCCCAGUGGCAGUUCAGACAUCUCAGCCCCCCUUCCUCUCGACGCCGUGCUGGUACGCCUCCCCGUCUAUUGCAGGCAGCAGUACCAGCCGCUCACACGAUGAUGAGUUCAACCCGCUCAAGGUCUGGGUCGGCGGCUUCGCCAGACCCAUGCUCAAGGCCUCCCUAGAGGAGCACGGAAGCCUCCUCGUGCAGAGCUUACCUACGCACAUUAGGCAGGCAGGCAUCGUCAUCAAGGGCCACAAUCUUGCGACAGCUAUUCAAUCCAGUUCGCCAGCAAAGUCGACGCGUCCUCCUUCAUCGACCACGCUCGUGCCCAAGGCAUUUUGUGAAAUGACUCCCACUCCAACUCGCAGGUCCAGCUUCGGUGCCGCCGCGAUGCCCCGACCUCCGUUCGCCACAAGAACAAGUUCCUCGGUAAGAUCUGGCAGCUGGUUAAUGCACGCCUUCGGCAGACUGGUCAGCGGAACGACGCCACGCACAAGCUCGGAGUCAACGGGUUCAAGGGCCUCCUCUUCCGCGCGGUCAACGACGUGGUCCACGAGCUCUUCUCCGUUGCUGAGCAGGACGUCGGCCAGUUCACGUCGGCAUCGCCACCUUCCAGAUCUCGGCCGACCAGGCCAGCUCUAUGAUCACAGCUGCGCGCUCGUCUUGAACGAGUGCCUCGCCGACCAGGUUUGAGCCAGCCUGCAUGGCUGGGGCGCGUGUUCCCUACCCUCCGUCGCCUUCCUCCACCAGGUGUCUGAGCUCAUCGGUCUGCGGGAGGUGUUCUCAUUUUUCUGCACCCCGAUCUUCGCAGUCAUUUCCAAUACUGUCGCUACUCCGUCCUUGUACAGGGCCGAAUUCAAUCUUUCACGCUGGGGAGCAGCAGUGGGACGUUGCAGCUUCUCCACAUUCAUCUCGACCCCUGUCUCGCCCUU